AUGAUCACCAGGGGCUUGCUUUUACGGUCCACUCUAACUCACACUGUAACUCACACUAGAGAAGUACCAGGAGCAAUCCGCUUGGAGGGGACCAACACCUCGGACAACCUCCCACAAUGCAGCAUAAAAGAUACAGAAUGUAUAAAAGGAGUAUAUCAACAUAUGAUGAAUAGCAUUGGGAGUACUGGGGCCGAAGAAUUGGGGAUCCCUGCACUAGAUCCCAUGAUUUUAAAUAACAUAUCUGUAAAUCUCAUGAAAGAUCUCACUAUCACUGUUAGUGAAGGCACAGUGAAAGGCAUGAGAAACUGCGUAUUUAAUACCUUCAAGAUCGAUUGGGAAAAAGAAAAAGGAUAUUUAAAUGUAACGUGUGACGCUUUAUCUGUCAAAGGUAAUUUUGUAGUAUCUGGUGAAAAUAAACAGAUACAGAGUAUUAUUGGUAGCAACAGUCUAACCGGUGACGGUCGAGCCAAAGUAAAACUAGAUAACACGAAGUUGAACAUCGAAUUUUCAAUUACUUUGAAAAAGAAAGAUGAUGGUGACAUUUACCUCUCGGUUUCUAACAAAAAUAUAAAAUAUACAUAUGACAUUGGAAAGGCGCAUUUUGUAAUUGAAAAAGUCGUCAUUGCUAACAAUGACUUAAGUCAAAUUGUAUCAUCCUAUUUAAAUGAUAACUGGAGGUCAGUUAUGGACCAAUUUGGAUCUGUAUUCAUAGAGAAAGCACUGGAGUUGUACGUAGAUCUUGUAGCGAAUAUGUGUGACAAAAUUCCAGGAAAGAAAUUUAUUACUGAAGACCUUCAUUCUUACCUCAAACAU